AUGCGCUGUCUUCACCUUCUGGCCCUUUGCGGCUUUCCAUUAGCUUUAUCUUGCCCUUCGGACCCUCGUAUCAAAGCCGACAUACGUGCUGAUACCAACCGCGACGGACAAGUCGACCUCGACGGGCUUUCGGACGCGAAUGGCAAGACGCGAUGGACUGAAAAGUCCGGUGCCAUUUUCCUCCCCAACAUCGGCGAUACGGAUCGACGCUGCUCCAAGCAGGCCCUCGCGGUUCAGGCUGUCAGCAACGAGGAGCUUGACGAUUGCAACGAUGCUUCUGACAACACCCAGAGAUCCCCCGAAUAUCUCGCACCCCUCAAGACCGUCCCCAUCACAACCCUCUUCGAAAACGCAAACGGUACCGUUACAGUUCCCGAUGCGGCACAGCGAAAGUUCGUACGUAUCUUCCAGAAGCAGGGCAAGGACUGGGUUUACAUCGACAACAACCAUACUUUCUCUCAACAGGAGCUGCAGGCUGGUCUUGACCUUGGCAUUGAUGCUCGUGAUACCAGACGUCCCGACGUUUGGGAUGGACGUGUCACUGUUCGCUUCACCGUUCAAGUCGGAGAUACCAAGUCAUCUGACACGGUCAUGCUACGUGUCGCACCCGUGCUCACGCACCAUCAUCUCCAAAAGGUCGAACAAGUCCUCGCCAGCCAGGACAACGGGAACCCUUAUCUUGUCUACUUCACCAACAUCCUCGCCUCGAUUGCCAAGGCUGCUGGCUUGAAGAAAGAUCUGUACCUAUUCAACGAAAGAAGUGGCAAAUGGGCCCAAGACUUUGUUGAGCCAGGCUACGCAAGCAUGCCUGGUCCGAAUGGAACAGUAUCUAUCCGGAUCAUGAUUCGGUGUCCCGGCGAUGAGCGAGAGGGUGGUAGACAACUCUUUCUGUAUUUCCGAAAGGCUGGAGUUGGUGCAGUCCAGCAUCUCGGUAAAGACGUCUCUAAUAUCGAUGCCGGUGGCAACAUCGAAGCCAUUCCUCCCUACACCUUCAAGGGCAAGAGUUGGCCAGCUGGGCGUCUCGUCCAUGGCAAGGAUGACACCGAAAAGCACCAUAUUCUUUCUUACCUUGAAGCUCAAGAGACACAGAAGCCCCUUCUGCUCGAUACUGCCUGGCUCUCAGUCGGUCAUGUCGAUGAGUUCCUCCAGUUCAUUCCCGCUAAGAACAAGCGAGGUUGGGUUGCAGUCAUCAGUGAUCCUCGAUUAGCUAUCAAGCUUCUUGAAGACGAGCAAAAGGCCAGGCAUGGAUCGCUCCCCGCUAUUUCACGCAAGGACGAUAUUGACUACGAUAUACCUACCAUCACCCAAUUAUUGGGCAGUAUGGGGUUUAUGAAGCUGAACAGAGAGUGCGCUCAGCGAAUCGACGGCAACAUCGAGACUCUGAGGCGGGAAGUUGGACUUGCUGAUGAGGACAUCAUUCGCAUUCCAGCUUUGUUCAAUAGAGACGACUCCUCUGAAGGUGAUGGCUCGAAACUCGAAGUCGGGGCAUUCUACCCUGCUGUCAUAAACAACCUCGUUCUUACUGGUUACAACACUUGCGUUGCACCUAACCCAUGGGGUCCAGUUGUCGAGGGCAAGGAUGUCCUUGCUAAGGUAAUUAGCGACACGUAUGCCAUGGUUGGGAUGAAGAUCAAGUUUAUCGAUGACUGGGAUAGUCAUCAUGAGGAUCAAGGGGGAGUUCAUUGUGGCACCAACUCAAUUCGAGACAUGUCUGCCCGGUGGUGGUGA